AGCAAGUCUAGCUUCAAUAUGGUCGACAACAUGUGUGAAGACGUGGUGAAUAACAUGGAAAACCUGAAUAUGAAGGAAGACAAGGCAUGAAUACUGAUUUUUUUUGAUAAAUUUCUUCAUUUUCAUUUUUAGCGGUAAAAUAUGUUGACGACUUUGCGUAUUUGCAGUUAUAGAAACCUUUACAAUGUUUCUAAGCGGACACAUGCUUGGAAAAUGAAACCAAAGAAAAAAGCUGCUGCCACCGAAGAAAGGAAUAUUUCUGAAUUAAAUCCUUGGCCAAGUUAUAUUCAGGAUCGUAUCGCAUUAUGGGAUAAGCUUAAAGCAGAGUAUGAAGCAUCAUUAGCUUUGAAAACAGUUACUGACAUAAAAGUAACACUACCUGAUGGAAAGGAAGUUAUAGCUCAAUCUUGGCGUACAACGCCAUAUGAGAUUGCCAAAAACAUUAGUCAAGGUUUAGCAGACAGUACUGUUAUUGCAAAAGUUAAUAAUGAACUGUGGGACCUUGACAGACCCUUGGAAUCUGAUUGCAAACUUGAACUCCUUAAAUUUGAUCAUCCAGAUGGCCAACAAGUCUUUUGGCACUCUAGUGCACACAUUUUAGGAGAAGCUAUGGAGAGAGUAUAUGGUGGUUGCUUAUGUUAUGGUCCACCAAUAGAAAAUGGAUUUUAUUAUGAUAUGUAUGUAGGUGAAACAGGAAUUUCCAAUUUAGACUUCCCAUUCUUAGAAACUCUUUACAAAAAGAUAGCUAAAGAUAAACAACCAUUUGAGAGAUUAGAAAUGACUAAGGAAGACCUCUUGGAGAUGUUUAAAUACAACGAAUUUAAAGUUCGGAUUAUUAAUGAAAAAAUACAUACUCCAACUACCACAGUAUAUAGAUGUGGUCCAUUAAUUGAUUUAUGCAGAGGGCCACAUGUUAGACAUACUGGAAAAGUUAAGGCCAUUAAAAUCACAAAAGGUUCAUCUACUUAUUGGGAAGGAAACAUCAAUGCAGAAUCUUUACAGAGAAUUUAUGGCAUCAGUUUUCCAGAUACCAAACAAUUGAAAGAAUGGGAAAAGUUUCAAGAAGAAGCAGCAAAACGAGAUCACAGGAAAAUAGGAAAGGAACAAGAGUUAUUCUUUUUCCAUGAACUUUCUCCAGGAUCAUGUUUCUUUCAACCACGUGGAGCCUAUAUUUAUAAUACUUUAGUUGAAUUUAUUCGUUCUGAAUAUAGAAAACGGGGUUUCCAAGAAGUAGUUACACCUAAUAUUUAUAACAGUAAAUUAUGGCAAACGUCUGGUCACUGGCAGCAUUACGCAGAAAAUAUGUUUUCCUUUGAUGUUGAAAAGGAAACUUUUGCACUUAAACCAAUGAAUUGUCCUGGUCAUUGUAUGGUCUUCGACGUUCGUAUCAGGUCCUGGCGCGAAUUGCCAUUAAGGAUGGCAGAUUUCGGAGUAUUACACAGAAAUGAGUUAUCUGGUGCAUUAACUGGACUAACUAGAGUCAGGCGCUUUCAACAAGAUGACGCGCAUAUAUUCUGUUCGGUUGAUCAAAUUAAAGAUGAAAUGAUCGGCGCGCUUGACUUUUUGAGACACGUGUAUUCCGUGUUCGGUUUCACAUUUAAUUUAUGUUUAUCCACGAGACCCGAAAAGUACAUGGGAGAUAUAGAAAUGUGGGAUCAAGCUGAAAAAGCAUUAGCAGAGAGUUUAGAUGCAUUUGGAGAACCAUGGAAAAUUAAUCCAGAGGAUGGUGCAUUUUAUGGUCCAAAAAUUGACAUAACCAUUAUGGAUGCACUUAAGAGACAUCAUCAGUGUGCUACUAUUCAACUGGACUUCCAACUACCAAUUAGAUUUAAUUUGUCUUAUAUUAACGAAUCUGGGGAAAAAACGAGGCCAGUAAUUAUUCACAGAGCCAUUUUGGGUUCUGUAGAAAGAAUGAUUGCAAUUCUAACAGAAUCAUACGCUGGAAAAUGGCCGUUUUGGUUGUCCCCGCGACAAGUAAUGGUUAUUCCAGUAAGCUCUCAAUUUGAUGAGUAUGCAGAGCAAGUAAAAGAUAAACUUUGGAAUAGUGGAAUUAUGGUAGAGAUUGAUACAGAUUCAAGUGAUACUCUGAACAAAAAAAUUCGAAAUGCUCAACUUGCACAAUUUAACUUUAUUCUCGUUGUUGGAGAAAAAGAACUUAAUGCUGGCACGGUAAAUGUACGAACUAGGGACAAUGUGGUGCAUGGGGAAAUUCUUGUAGAUGACCUAAUUGCAAAAUUCAAAGUAUUCAAAGAGAAAAAGGAUAGAAACUGCGAAGAAAAGUUUUAAAUAAGCUUUAUAUACAGACAAUAUUUAUUUAUUUCCAGACUAUAAUUCUGACAGAAUCAGGUGUAAUGUAGGUCGACAGGAUCUAAAAUCGCAUUUUUUAAAUGUACUAAAUAAUGCACAGAAACUUAUUGAAAGAGAAUAUUAUUAUAAAAAGAGUCUUAUUGAUAAGAUAACCAUAUAAAAGCAUAAGACGAUUAUUUUGCAUUUAAUUAAUUUCAUUUAGUAUUCAAACUUUGGUAUAAUAUCAAGGUAGAAAUAGAAAAUAUACAGAAAUCUGCAUCAAAUUUCAGCAUAUCAAUUCAUGUAUUUAUGCUUGUGAAGUAAUCUGUAAUUUUAUUAUAAGAAUAUUUCUUUUUAUUAAAUAGAUUUUUUUAACGCAAAAACAUGAAUAUAUUUUAUUCAUAGAGAUAAAUUAGACAACGAAAUAUAUAAUCAAUUUAUUUAAUUUUGUUCAAACUCUAUUUUUUAUUCGAUGAUUUGAAAAUGCUAUUACGAUAAAUAAUUUUAUUCGGAAGCUACAAAUAACUUUUUAUUUUUCGCAAUUAUAGCAGAAACAUUGAGUGUACAUUGUAACUAACGAAAUGUUCAUCUCAACGGCUGUGCUCCAUAAUUUAUUGCAGAUAUUGUCAAUAUAUACAUAUUGCUGUAACUGCGCUAAUAUCUUUUGGGAAUAAAUUAUUGUUGUAAACUAUAAAUCACAUCGACACAAAUUGAAAAGUUGUCAUUAAAAUCUCUCAUAAUAUCUUUCACAAUAAAGUAGCAUCUUGGGCUAAA